GGAGCAUUGCUAGGCAACCAAACAAUUAUGGCGGAAACAACGUCCAAGGUUGUUGGGCUGCUGAAUCGUCCAGAGUACCAUCAGGCCGUCUCAGUACUACAGUCUCUGCACAAAGGACAGAGGAGUUCCCUGAGAGCCCCAGUCUGCCAGCCAAUGAUGGAGUUUCAGUGGACUCACUGGCUGACUCAGAGUAAGAAGGAGGUUGGAGGAGAGGCUUGGGGCUACGAGGAACCAGUGGCAGUGUUUGUCGGAGGACACCUUCUGCUGGGGGGCCUGGCUGAGCUCCUUCGCUGGGCGGCUGAGUCGUUUGGCUACCGUGACUCUCUCUCUCUGACUGACUACCAGACAAAGGCCACUCAGGCAUACAAUGAUCAUAUCUCUAACCCAGAGCGAGACUAUGUGUUCAUGGAUGUGUGUGUCGAAGGCGAUCUGAUUGGUCGACUGGUGAUGGAGCUUGACACCAACUUGUGUCCUCGAACUGCCUGCAAUUUCCUCAGCCUCUGCACGGGAGAGAGAUCUGAGGGAGUGAGGGAGAGCAACUCGGAAGAGGAGAAGGCUCCGAGAAUGAGUUACGUCAAUUCUCUCAUCCACAGAGUUGUUCCAGGAGGAUGGAUACAGGGUGGAGAUAUAUGUGGAGGGAAAGGCAGUGAAGGGACCUCCAUCUAUGGAAAGGUAUUUGAAGACGAGUGCUAUGCAGUGUCUCACUUCAGUCCAGGAGUGCUGGGAAUGGCCAAUCACGGUCGCAAUACCAACAGCUCUCAGUUUUACAUCACUCUAGCCCCAGCUCCCUGGAUGGACAGACAGUAUGUGGCCUUUGGGAGGGUGGUGGAGGGAAGUCGGGUCCUCCAGAGAUUGGCUGGACUGGAGACCAACAAUGAAAGACCUCUCGAACGCUGCCAGAUUUCCAACUGUGGACGUCUCUCUCCCCUCACAUCUUAACACUCCUCACACCCCCUUCAUUAUCAUUCUAUACAUUCUCAGACAAGAAGGAACGUUUAGAGUGAUAAAAUUUGUGCUCAAGGACACAUGUUAUGCACACGCAACAGAAGAACUAUUCCGAACUAUGCUUGUCAUAAUAUUUAAUCGUGUCGUGAUGGCACUGCUCUCGACCAAUAUUGCUGCACUUUAUUUCCCCUUUUUGGUGAAGUAUUCAGCCAACAUCUCCACGCACUCUGCACACACAGCAGGAGACAUGGUCGAGGAGUAGCUGCCAAACACUAUGAACUGCCCACUCACGGCAGCCACAAAUCCUCCCGUCUUCUUCUUUCCGUAGAUGGCCCACUGAUCAGCUCUGACGCAUGUAUACGAGGCUCCAUUGAACUGGACACCGUGUUCUCUGGCGCUGGCUGGGUCGCUCACUGCGACAGAGAUGGCUCUCAGGAGCUCCUCCGAGGGUUGGUAGGCCAGAGACGUUGCUUUCAACGCUCCGUCUCUCCUCCUCAGCACCGCCGCACACUCCACGUGUCCGCUUCCGACCAACUGAGACUGUAUAACCAACUGCCAGGGAUUCUGCAGCGCUGCAUGCAUGCAAGUUGGAUCUAAACUCGCUUCACUUGACACUCACCCAUUAGC